AUGGGUCUUGGUAAGAAGAAUACGAAGGAUGUGACACCCAAAUACAAAGCGAAUGGUAAAAAACCCAAGAAGUUCCCUAAACUUCGCCGCCACGUUCAUCGGAAUGCUGAUACUAUUCUGAUCUUUCUCCACAGCCUCUUGCCACUAACAAUCGGUGGUUACCUCAUUUAUCAAGGCGUUCCUAAUGACCCACCAAAGCCCAAUUUUUUAUUUGGUUACUUCGGCAUUGCCGUAGGAAUUGUAGCAAUUGUUCUCCACCUUAUUAUGAUUGUCCGUUCCUUGGUUUCAAAACGUGCUGCUUACUUCAUGAAUUGGUUAAUGCUAACUGUAGAUGUCGUCCAAUUCCUUCUCUGUGUUGUCAGUUCGAGUGUUAUGUUGGUAUUUACUGGAAAAGAGUACAUCACUCUUGCGGGUAUAUCUCUAGCGAACACCAUUUUCUGCAUUCUUCCCGCGUUUCUCGCAUUCACUUCUCUUAUGAACACUCCGAAGAACUCGGAAACUCACUUCUCCGUAACGAACCCAGCUUCCUAUGCCUCAGGUCGUGCGAAACCUGCUGUUGUUAUCAAGAGAAUACCCGAUGACACAUCUGUUAAUUCACGCAGUAGGUAA